GAGUUUCUGAAGGGGAACCCAUCCUCAUCUGGGUGACACAGGGUAGUGCAAUUAUAAAUCAUUUCUCUACUACAAAAGUAUACUACAGUGUCGAGCAGUGCUAAGUGUGUUGAAAGGAACUUGUACAUCAGAGUCAUUCCAUUAGAGUUUUAACUAUAGUAUCAAAGUGAUGUUAUUGAGUGUUCAGUGUUGAGACUUGAGUGUAAACUGUUUUUAGCAAAUGCAGUCUUCAGUCUUCAAGAUCACUUCAUGGUGAUCUUUAGGCUGUCCAUGCAGGACCAUCCUCAGCAGCAAUGAAUAAAUUUUCAGGUGAAGGAGGCUCCAAGCAGAAGUAGAGCAUCAGGAUGGAUCAAGCAGGUUCAGAGGGCAGAAGGAGUCAGGAUCACUGGUAUCCUUGGUGGAUAACCAUGGUCACCUGGUUCAUAGUGGGAAGUUUCUCCCUUGCAUUGGUCUGCAAACUCUUUGGUUACCUGGGCUGUGUGUUCAAUCUGUUGGUGGUCUUAUUCCCACACACUCUCACUCCACCUGAACCAUUUGUCUACUGUGGAUGAGUCUGUUGGGUUAGUUUUCCAUGGGAACAGAGGUGGCUGGUAUCCCAGGAUGCACUGGAAGAGUGUGAGCUUAGUGGCUGAGUGUCGGAGGGAUUUCUGCGCAUACUCUGCUCAAGAGAGGACAUGUGUCCAGUUCUCCUGGUUCUCACCAGUACUUGUCCUGGAGGAGUUGAUGCAUUUGGUGAGUGCUGGGGUGUCCAGUGGCAGUGGAGGUGUGAGCCCACAUGAUGAGUUUGUGACGGGGAUGAAUGGGCACAUAAUUUCUUCUCAGCAGGGCACUGUGUGGGAGUUCUCACCUCUGGUGUGUUCUCUAUUUCCUAAUCAAUGGCGCAAAUGAUAGCGCUUACAAAGCAUGACUGUGGGAGAAUACAUUCCUCGGAUGUUUCUCUGGGAGGAGCUGGCUAUAUGCAUGAGAGAGAGUCUGCUUUAGACUCAGGAUGCUUUAGGAGGGGAGCUGAGGUGAAUGCUGCUUUGAAUCAUUCAAAGGCUUGGUCAGCUGAGGGAUUCCACUGCAGUCUCUUGGGUCCCUUCUUCAGCAGGCCUGUUAAGGGUGAAGCUAUGAUUUGGCUGUGGAAUCUUGGCUGACAGUCUAGAGGAGCAGGGUGCUACUUGAUGCUGGGGGCUGCCACAGUAAUAGCACUCUUAUUCUGAUGCCUUUGGCAUUCCAGGUUAGUUUUACCCCACCGAGCUGCAUGGGCUCUGUGGUGUGGAUUUCUGGGUCUGGGGUUGUCGUAGCCUUUACUCCUCCUCGAUUCCGGAGCAUGAGAUUGAGAUGAAUGGUCUUGUCGUUGAGGGAGGUAAUGGUGACUUGGACAUCCUGGCAGGCCAGUUCUGUGAGUAUAUCCACUUUGAGCCCCUGAUAAUAUGUGGCUUUGAGAGCUGGCUCAUUCCAGCCAUUUCCAGUGUCUAAUGUGCAGAAGUUUAGGGUGAACUCAGCAGCGCUCAGGUCCCCUUGCUUCAGACAGAGGAGUCUCUUACCACUGUCCUUGCCCUCAGGAGAGUGGUGAAAAACAUGCUGAAAAAUUUGAAGGAAUCAUUCAUAUGAAUGUGUGCUCAACCCCUUGGGACCAUACAGACGUGGCCUAUGCGAGGGCUUUGUUGGUCAACGGAUUGAUGAAUUAGGUGAUCUUUGUUUGUUCGGGGAUUCCUUGUUGACCCGAGAAGUAGAGUGAACAUUGGAUCAUGAAGCUCUUGCAUCUUGCAGGAUCGCCAGCGUAUUUCUCUGGGCAUGCAAUGAGUGAGAAAGCAGAUAGGGAGUUUGCUGCCAGAGAAGCUAGCAGUUCUGGUGUGCUGGCAUGGAGCUGUGCUAGUUGUACGCUAACCAUGGCCAUCUGCUGCUGUUGCUCUCCAAUGAUGCAGCCCUGUGCCACUAACACCUGACGCCACUCCACUUAAUUAUUUUUACCCAUAUCAAUUGCCAUAACUAAAAUACUACCUAAUUAUUAAUUAAGAAUAAUAAUAGCUUAUAAAAUAAAGUUUCAAACUUCUUCAAGAGUAGCUUGGCUUCAGUUUUGAUCUGAAAGACAGCAAACACAAAACAUUUAUUGAGCACAUAAAUCAAACAUGAAUCAGUAGUAAUGCAAAUUUGGAAACAGUAGUGAAUGUUUUAAAAGAGUAGAUAUUUUGAUGGGUACAGUAUAAUAGGACUGUGUGCAUGUGUGUUUUUGUGUGUGUGUGUGUGUGUGUGUUGCAUUGCUUUGAGUGCACACAAACAAAGGGUGAAUUGGAUAUAUUCACAGUUGAGGCAAAACUUUUAUAUACACCAAUGCUAAAUAUAUUCAAUCUUAAUUUUUCACAACUGCACACAUUUCAUGUUGCAAUACCUUUCCUAUGGCAAGUCAAUCCUGUCAUGUUUUUGUUUAUACAGUCAUGCUUGUUUUGUUUUAGUUCUUGUCUCCACCCCUGUCUUGUCAUCGAUUUGUCUUCCUAUUAUGUCAUGAUUUUUAGUUCAGGUGAAUGGAAAUUGUAAUGUUACAGCAUGCAAGGACAUUCUAGAUAAUUGUGUGCCUUCAACUUUGUGGCAACAGUAUAUGGGUAUAUGAUGGUCAAGUGUCCAACUAGUUUUGGUCAUAUAGUGUAUGACACCUAAAACCUGCCACACUUUAACAAUCCAUAUGACUUGGAACAAGGAAACAAGAGAUUACCGAAAAGACUGAAAUCUGAAACUGGUCUGGCAAGUAUCAUACUCUUUAAUACUAAGGCAUCUGGAUGAUCAGGUAUCAGAAAUAUAUUUGUGAAGUCAAAAGCUGAGAAGUUUCUGUAACCUGCUCAUGUUUAGUGAGAUAAACUUGGGCUGGCUGGAGCCAAGAAACACCAAAGUGGGACCAGCUGAAGCCCAAAAAUCUGCUUGAGCAUCAUGGCUAAUAAAAGGAAAAUAUCAAAAGAUGAUUUGCUGAGACUUGUUGCCAUCCUGAUAAUUCAAAUGCAAGUGGUGAACUCACAAGUACUCCCUGAAAUUUCAGACAUGAUUGUAGAGUUUAGCUACACAGAUGACCAAAUGAUUCACUUAAGGGAAAUACGAGAUGUGAGCAAGGACAUACUAGAAUACAUUGUAAUCGUAGAGGUGAACGUGUCACAAGUGAUUUUGUUUGACCAAAUCAAAUCAUCAGCGGAAUCCAUCAGUCCAUUACAAAUGGACAACACCACAAUAAUCAAUGGUUUGAACAUUACAGCAGUGUGCCAGCCAAAUGAAUCUGAAUACCAGUGCACAUGUGAGGAUCAGUAUGUUUGGUCAUACAAUAAUUGCAUUACCUAUAACGCCUGUGAUAACCUAGAUGAAGGAACAUGCACUUGUAUCCGAGCCAUUCCAAGUGAUGGACAGGUUUGUGUGUCAAAAAAUGAACUUCCAUUCUUUGUGUUUCUGCUUGAAAUUGAGAUAAAUGCUACAGACAUAACAGUGAUAGAUAAACUGAGAAAACUCCUAGAAACACUCAAUUCUUCACUCUCAUUUGAUGAUGUAGUAACAGUCACAGAUGUCAACAUUACAACAGUGUGCAGUUUGAAUGAUACUGAAUAUCAGUGCAGGUGUGAGGAUCAGUAUUUCUGGCCAAAUGAAAAAUGCACAGUAUAUGGGGCUUGUGAUGACAUCACCAAUGCCUCAUGUAGCUGCAUCAACGCUAUUCCAAAUGACGGACAGUUCUGCCAACCAAUCAGUGAGCUGACUAGUAUGUAUGAUAUGUAA